CACAGUCAGGUGUCGGAUAAGAAAGUGGAGUGAAAUAAAGUGGGAGACAUCAAUGAUCGUGACAUCAGCGAGAUAUUGGUCACUGAAAAAGUAUAAAAACGGACACUGGCACUUGAGUUUUGUUAAACACGAUGAAGAAAGUCACCAAGCUGUACUCUCCUGAAGGAAAGGAUUUCAAAGUAAAAGUCAAGGGAUUAUCAAGUGUCCCAAGGGCUCAAGAUGACAGUGACAUGCAAUCAAACAACGAUGCCGAGGCACCCCAACCUGGUUAUCGAUACUUUACACCUCAGCCUGACCGUAAGAGACCUCUUCUCCCCCCGGUGCCUAGUACUUCAACACCUGCUGUCCAUCCAAAGAUCAGAGAGGAUGAUGCUCAGCAGAGCAUUAAAGAAUCUUUCUCAAAGGCCACAGCACUUGUUGACACCAAUAAAGGUAAAAAAAGCAACGCUGGUCUCCUUCCUCCUUCCUUGAAUCCAGAGCACCGUCCAGGCACUCGACCCCAGUUCCUAACACCUCAACCAACUCGCCAUAAUUCCAACCUAGUCGACCGGACUCCAUCCGUCAACGAUGGCUCUCCUGUUGGCCCUGACGCCCGUCCAGCUCUGAAGAAUGAACACCUCACUUUUCUUAACAGUUCGGAUAGCCCCGAUCUAUCCCGUUCACCUAGCCCCCAUACCCCAAUAAGCCCCCUGGCAGCACCUGCACACAAAACCAAAAAGACUGCUUCUCAACACAGCUUAGACUCUGGGCUUACGACAGAAUCUUCCCCGUCUCCGUCUCCCAACAUCCCGUUUCUCAAAGAAAUCUUCCUGAGUGACCGUAAAUCACACCGUAAGCUUAAGAGGAUCGUCGGCGCUCUGACCGGCCUAGUCCUUGGCGGGUUCCUGUUUCUCGGACUCUACUUUGGACUAGAAUACAGCCUCGUCGCUUCCAUCGUCAUGACCAUCAUGGCAACGAUCAUCAUGUCUCUGACACUUGCGUUUAGUGUUCGAGCCCGUUGUGUAGCGGCCUUGAUGAUUCCUACAUUAUGUACCUCAAGAGGGCGGGCUGCAUUCCUUGCGAUCAUUGUAACCUUACUUCUGACUGGUCCGAUCGGUAACAUCUACACUAACGCUAAAGUGACGUCCAAUUCGUUGAGUUGUAGUGCAGAGCUGGCACAGAACCAGACUCUACUCAUUAGAGAUGUCGCCAGGGAAAUAUUCGAUGUGUACGUCCAGACCCUCAUGGACAGCGUAAGAAAUUUGCAGGAAGCCUCGGCGACUUUUCAAGAUGCCUUUCAGCCGGUGGAAAACGCCCUCAACGAAUUCUUGGAAACUCUUGGAAACGCUAAAGAGACAGUUAGAGAUACCGCUAGUCGGUGUGAACAAGUAAUCAACAGAGCUUAUGAAGAUUGCAUUCAAGCAUCAAACGAUGGAUACAGAGGCUGCAGGAACUCCUUAGGUCGAGUGCCAAACUUUGGAAACGCUCGAUUAAAUGAAGCUUGUAACAGUUUUAAUAACUUCCGACAGGAAGUCUGUGACAACUUAGGAAACACCGAUGUCGUUUGCGAAGUUCCAACAUUUGUUGAUAAUCUGUUGGACAGAGCCGACAGGGUCAUUCAGAAAGCUCUGAAUGACAUCCUCCAACUGUUCAAUACUGACGUGGACUUCGAAUCCUACUGGGAGAAUCGACUUAAUCAGAGUCAGACCUUCGAUUCCAUCCAGGCUGCCAUCCAGCAAGAACUGGAAGACUCUUUCUCUUUCCUGAAUUUGGCCUUUGCUGUAAUCGAUAAGAUCCUAGCUCUGUCCAUAGUCUUUUUGCUCAUUCGAUCUUACCAGUAUCACAGUAAGUAUCACACCAAAGAUAACUUUGACAACUGCUACAUAACUGAAGAGUUUAAACUCCUGGACGAAAGGCGACAAAAGUCUGGCCUAGAACCGCUUCUGCCCCUGAAGAAAUCGGAAAGACGUCAACUGAUCAACUCAUCUGCGGUGUCGCUUAGCAAGCCAGAGAAAGGUCUCUUCAAGUUGGGUCUUGUGACGGUCCUUCUCCACGCUGUCAUCGCAACUAUUCUUAUCGUAGCCGAUCACGGUCUGUUCUGGUUAUUGUCGCUUAUUUCUCGUCACGGCAGGGUGAGAUUUGAGAUCUCAGGUGAAGGAGGUACCGAUCUGACAAUCGGCGGUUCGGGGGUUCUGUCUCCACUUAUUCAAUCUCUGUUUGUAGCAGGAUUUGAGGCUACCAAUGAGUUUAAUGUUUCACUGGACACGGAGCGCUGCCUGCCUAAUCCCGUCCCUCCCAAUGAAAUCCUUUCAGUAGGAAUCGGGGUGCUGUAUCUUAUUGCGUUAGUCAUGGUUCUACUCCAGGCUUAUGCCUUGCGCCUGCGACGGAGAAUUGCCUCCUAUUUCUACCCAGAGAGAGAGCAAGAGAGAAUUCAAUAUCUGUACAACCACACCCUUCAAAGACGACAGAAUCUCUUCAAAUUGCUGAAGCAGAGAAUCAGGGAGACAAAGCAUGAGAUGGAGGUUAAGCAGAGAGUUAGUUUCAUAGCUUACCUUUCAGCAAAGUAUCCAUUCUGGAGGAGAGUCUUUUGUUGGUUAGGUCAGGAGAAACGGGUGUGUCUAGGCUGUGCAGAUGUGGACAAUGGGACCUUCAAAUCGUGUGGUAAUCCUGACUGUAGCGGACUGUACUGCCGUGAAUGCCUUCAUGAAAUUAACAGCACGUGUACGUUAUGUCAGGAGAUCGUUGCUGGGAGCGACCUGUCAAGAGGGGUUGUUGAGCACAGAGUCUGAACGACCACCUGGAAAGAAUCAGUUUGAUUGGCUGGAUAGCUGACAACGAAUGCGAUGUAAUAAAAAGAACAAUCAAGCUAAGAUUGUCCUCUUCAAAACCAUGUAACCGAUAAGCACCACAAUAAACAUUUUAUAUUUAAACUUGGCAGGACUUGCUUACACCAGUUAGGGACACACUUCAUGACUGUGUCGAUAAGUGAGCUAUUAUGCGCUCAUUGUCUCUUAUUCAAGGCUUUAAACGAGCAAAAUCCGCGUGCAGGAGGGUUUUAAACUUCAUAGAAAUUUUUACAGAGUAAGAUGUGGAUGUGCAAAACGCCGACCUUCAUAAUUUUAAUCAUCAGCAAUGCAUGCGUACUCCGUAUUGUUAUUUCAAACUAUAAAUUUCUCCCUUUUUCAUUACUGCCAACCAAGAAAUCUGAGGAAUUUCCUGCAGUGUCAUGCAUUUACUCUCCAAUACAGUCCGGGUAAACGCAGUAUCAUGUUAAAUCUACAGUAAAAUUGGUUGUAAACUUGUAAAAUUAUGAAAUUGGGAAAAUAAUAAAAACAAUAUUAUGGUGUGUGUUUGUAGAAGGACUAAUAAGUAAUACGACUACAACAUAGGGUACAAACACAGUACAGUUUCAAAUAACUCAAAAACGGAAUAGAGUUAUGCUGGCGUCUUCUGGUGUCGCAGAGACUUGCUUUUGUUAUUUUAAUUUAGUUACGACGAAUGCCGAAAGGUUUACCAGAGCUGAUCCCAGUACUAGUGAUACGAAACUCUCAGUGUCCUCGGAGGACGCGUUAACAAAUAACCUCAAUUACCGUAGUGCUCGAAGCUUAUCACUGGUUUACCACUGCUGUUGAAAAAUGUGAAAGUUCAUUGGAAUCUUAAAAUAGAUGUAAGAGGAGAACAGGAAGGUCUUGUUACUGAGAAUGAACGUCAGUAGAUUAACCAUAAGACGGUUUCUGUCUGCAUGCAAUCAAGUUAUUUGAUUUGCAGGUUUUACGUUAAAAAAAGAAAGAAAAACACAAGGUUAAAAAAACCAAGAACAUGACGAUUAAUACUCCUUCUAUGAGACCAAACUUCUAAGAAGCAUGGAAAUCCAGUCUCUUUGGAGUUGUUCGAUAUGCGUUUAACAAACAUGAAAAACGUAAAAAAAAAAAAAAGAUGAAAAAAUAAUAAUAAUUGUGGGUUGCUUCUCCUUUCAUAUUGACCAUAAUUCUGAGAAGCAUAGGAAGUUGGUUUCCAUAAAUGGCCAAACACAGUGGUGUCCAGGAAACGAACCAGCAAAAAUUCAACACUGAACUCGCGCUCAGAAUAAAUAGUUGCAAAAUCACUUAUAGGGGGCGCUCUUCGAUGGAAACGCUGCUCAGUGGAUUGACCCGUCUCUGGAAAACCGCCAACAAUAUUAAAGAAAAAGCGCGUCCUUUCAGCUUGGGCUGUGCACUUGCAUGUUUUUACUUUUUCUAGUUCACUCUCCAGCAAAAUAGAUUUUGUGCUCUUAAUCCAAUUCGCUGCCCAGAAAGGACAAAAACAUCAUUAUGUUUCUACCGAAUCGAAUGAAGCGUCACAUCGGCAUCUUUUCCCGACGGCUAGUAAUAUACACAAUCGUCUGCUAUAUUCAAAGAUUGCUUUUAGUCCUAAUGCAAAUUUUAAUCCGUUUCUUAGCAACUGAACUUGAAACAAUUGGCAUUGUGAAAAUGUUCCAAAUAAAAGAAGCAUGGGACAUGGCUUAAUUGUCAAAUCUAUCUUGUAAUUUUGCAUUAUUACUAGGGCAGUAAAGAGUCAGUGAUUUGCUUAUCGCAUACUGUAAGCAAAACAUUUACUCAUAUCAUUAAUUCCUCCUUCUUGGCUGGUAUUGUUCACUUUCAACGACAAAAAAUGGCUGAAGCCAAUUUGCUGUAACUUUCUGUAUUAUUUGUAAUGGUUUAACAAAUCAUGUAUUAAUUGAUUUCGAUAAUGUGGAAAAAUAAAUAAACCUUGAAGCCUUGAAA